AUCAUUUACACCAAGAGAGGGCUGUUGACCCUUCUGUGAUCUCGGAACCCUGUCCUGUCUCAUCGUCAGCCGUCCGGAAUGUCCAUGGCUUCACACAACGGCAGCUCAGCCUCAGCCGGCUUCCAGCCGGUCUUCAAAUCUUUCGCCACAGAUGCGAUCCACGUUGGUUCAGAGCCGGAGCAGUGGAACUCUAUGGCCGUAGUGCCUCCUAUUUCACUGUCUACCACCUUUAAACAGGACGCUCCGGGGAAACAUGCUGGUUUCGAGUACAGCAGGUGUAGAAAUCCCACAAGAAACUGUCUUGAGAAAGCAGUUGCUGCUUUGGAUUGUGCACAAUACUGUCUCGCUCUUGCCUCUGGAUCUGCUGCGACUUUUACCAUUACACAUCUUUUUAAGCCCGGAGAUGGAAUUAUAUGCAUGAAUGAUGUUUAUGGAGGAACUAACCAAUAUUUCCGAAAAAUAGCUGCGGAAUAUGGCAUUGACGUCACUUUUGUUGACCUCACGAAGCUAGACAAGCUAAAAACAGCGUUAAAACCGAAUACAAAGAUGCUAUGGAUUGAAACGCCUACAAAUCCUACUAUGAAGGUCGUGGACAUUCAGGGCUGUUCAGAUAUUGUCCAUGAGCACAACAAGGACACACUUGUUGUUGUGGACAACACUUUCAUGUCAGCUUACUUUCAGCGCCCUCUUGCACUUGGAGCAGACAUCUGCAUGUACUCUGCAACGAAGUACAUGAAUGGACAUUCUGAUGUUGUCCUGGGGUUGAUUUCUCUCAACCGUGCGGACGUCUAUGAACGCCUGAGGUUUUUUCAGAGUGAGCUUGGGGCCGUUCCCUCUCCAUUUGACUGUUAUAUGUGCAACCGGGGUCUGAAGACACUGCACCUGAGAAUGAAGCAGCACUUUAAGAACGGACUGGCAGCGGCACAGUUUCUAGAGGCUGACCCGAGAGUGGAACGAGUCAUCUUCCCAGGUCUUCCAUCUCACCCUCAGCACGAGCUGACAAAGAGACAGUGCACAGGCUGUCCCGGGAUGAUCACUUUCUACAUUAAAGGAAAACUGGAGCACGCCUCAACUUUCCUCAGCAAUCUGAAGUUGUUUGCACUUGCUGAAAGUCUUGGUGGUAUUGAGAGUCUAGCAGAGCACCCAGCGAUUAUGACUCAUUCUUCAGUGCCUGAGAGUGAGAGGAAAGAACUGGGAAUCAGUGAUACACUCAUUCGUCUGUCGGUGGGCCUGGAGGAUGAGGAAGAUAUUAUUGCAGACCUCGACCAAGCCCUCGGUGCUGCACCCUCACAGAUCCUGCCAGUCUGUACCUGUCAUGUGUGUGGAGCUUCAUGAGUUUGAAGUGGGCGUUCCUGCUGGCCCUCUAUUCUCAUCGGUAUCACAAAGAAUUUGCCGACAUCUCCAUCCUCAGUGACUUUUAAAUACACACACAGUGAUGCACUCGUGCCCACAGAGAAUGGAGACAUGCUUGGCUGUUACCAUUUGAAAUGGACAAGGAACACUCAACGUGGAGAGUCAGAAAGCUUUCGUGUUUUUUUAUUAUAUCAAUAUACGACAUUAGUGUAUCACUUCCCUCUCUAUCUACUGUUGUCUGUUUUAGAUCUUGUUAGACGCAAGAGUAUGUUGAAGGACGUCAUCUGUCAUUUACAUUUUUUGCCUUUUUAAUAGCUCUGAUCAAUGUGAAUAUUUUCACUUUGAGUAUGUAUGGUUAAUAGGUAUUAGGAGGAGUCUUUUGUCUUUCUCCUUGCUGCUCUUUUCUUGUUGUCCUGAAUGUUUUUUCUGCAGUUUCAUUAUGGGAUAUUGAUAAGUGACAGGUUUUUAUUAAGCUGUCCCUAAAAAACAAUUUCUCCUUCUGCCUCUUUGCAUUUAGGUAGCUGGCUGUUGAUUGUUAAAUAAGCACUUUAUUGUCUAGACAAUGUGGUUUAAACAAUCGAAAACCUUGUGUGGGAAUCUUGAGGCUUUAUUGACGAGGGAAACGUCGUUUGGAAAGGCUUUUUGUUUUUCUUUUCUUGUUUAUAUUUUUAUGACCCCAAAGCAACAUCUAGCACACAUUUGGAUUAUAUGAAUGAUUCAAUCAAUGAUAUUUGUAGACCUACAGGGUUAGUGAUUUUCAGUAUUACCAUCACGUCUGUCAUCUGAGAGUUGUUUUGUAUAAAUUCAUUCACUCAGACAAUACUGCAUGCAUAUCUUAUAUUAUGUUGAGAUUUCUUUUUAUAUUUACACAGAAACAUUGUGUUACACUGUUUGAAUGUGAUGUUGGCGUUUGCCUAACAUUUCAGACACUUUUGUGAACGUAUCCAUUAUACUGUAAUGUUAUGAAAUUAAUAACUUUAUGUGUGAGCGGGCCAUUAAUAAAAUAACCUGUUAUGGCAACCAGA